AUGAACCAGCUUACAGGGGACAAGGAUGAGCAUCACCUGGUCAACUGGUCCAACACUCAUGAGUGCCGGCCCAAGCGCUUCUACCAGCCAGAGACGCAGGAAGAGCUUGAAGCCAUUGUGAGGGAGGCGCAUGAAAAAGGGGAGAAGCUACGCUGCAUGGGGUCUGGGCUGUCCCCCAAUGGACUGCCCUUCAGUGAUGAGGGCAUUGUGAGUCUCGCCUUGUUGGACAAAGUGAAGUUUCUGGACCUGCAGCGACGGCGCGUCACUGUGGAAGCUGGCAUCCGUGUGGAGCAGUUGGUGGAGGAGUUGCGGCAGCAUGGCCUCACACUCCUGAACUAUGCCUCGAUACGGGAGCAGUCCAUCGGGGGCUUCACACAGGUGAGCGCACAUGGGACUGGGGCGACCAUCCCUCCAGUGGAUGAGUUUGUGGUGGGGCUCAAGCUGGUCACGCCGGGCAAGGGGACCAUUUCCCUGACCAGGGAGGAUGACCCAGAGAAGUUCAAGCUGGCCAAUGUGGGUCUGGGCGCUCUUGGGAUCGUGUCAGAGGUCACAUUGCAGCUGGCGCCCAUGCAUCAGCUGCUGGAGCACACAUCCGUCAUGAAGCAUAACAAACUAAUGCAAAAGAACCGUCACCUGCGCUACAUGUGGAUUCCCUACACCGACUCCGUGGUGGUUGUCACAAACAAUCGUGUGAAGGAGGGAACAAAAGUACCAAAGGUCAAAGUGACAUAUGCAAGGGAUGAGAAGCUAGAGCCACUGAGGCACCUGCUGAGAGAGGCAUUGCCUGAUAAAGACCCCUCCACCAGUGAGGAGGUGGCAUCGCUCUCAAACACACAGCUGCGAGACCGGCUCAUCGCUCACAAGCCCCUGGACAGGGACUGGAUAGCCCGUAUCAACCAGGCAGAGGCUGAGUACUGGAAGAGGAGUGAAGGGUACAGGGUGGGCUGGAGUGACGAGAUCCUGGGCUUUGACUGCGGUGGUGAACAGUGGGUUCUGGAAGUCGCCUUUCCGACCGGCACACUCAAGAAGCCCAGUCAUGCGGACCUGAACUUCAUGAAGGAUCUGAUGCAGCAGAUAGAGGAGAACGGCAUCCCUGCAGCGUCCCCCAUCGAGCAGCGCUGGACAGCUUCCAGCAGCUCCCCCAUGAGCCCGGCAGCCGCGCGCGGCCAGCCCGAUACCGUGCACUCCUGGGUCGGCAUCAUCAUGUACCUGCCCACCGAGGAGGAAGCCCAGCGGAAGGCCAUCACCGACAGGUUCUUUGAGUACUGCAAGCUCGUGGAGCAGAAGCUUGUGCCCAAGUAUGAUGCCACGGAGCACUGGGCAAAGAUAGAGGUGCCAUACCUGGACAAGCAGGCUGCCAGGGAGCGCAUCGCUGGCAGAUACCCCGUCGACAAAUUCAACGCUGCGCGCCGGGAGCUUGACCCAAAGAACAUCUUGGCAAAUGACAUCAUUGACACCCUCAUGCCGCGGUCAGACAUCCUUGCUGUAGGGUCAUCUACUGACGCACCUGCAGUGCCCGCUGCCAGUGCCAGCCUGUGA